AAAAAAAAAAAAAAAAAAACACAACAACAACAACAAAGAAGAAGACAUUAAACUUGAUUGAAUGACUUAUGUUAAAUGACAAUUUAGUUGGUGCGUUUCUGUCAAGUCACCACCAACAAUCUUCAUCAUCAUCAUCAUUCUCAUUAUUGACAAUUGAAUAAAUUGAAUUGAAUUUUCACCUUAUCUUGGUUUGGCGGUCAUCAUUAUCAACAUCAUCAACAUUGAUCAACACAAAAAAAAGACAAACUUACGAAACGAUUUUCCCGGUUAUUUGUUUGAUUGUGUGGCCGCCAUCAGGAAGAUUAUACAAAAUUUUAUUCUUAUAAAAUACGUACAAAAAUCAUUCAAUUCACUAUUUCACUACCGUAUUUUUUAUACAUUUCAUCAUCAUCAUUAUCAUCAUCAAUAAGGAAAAGGAAAACAAUCUGAUGUGAUAAACCUAUUAUUUUCGAUUGAUUAUUAUUAUUAUUAUUUGUGUUCAUUCAUUUUGUCUUUAAAAUACAACUUUAACGCCAACAACGACGACGACGACAAGAGAACAUUUUAAGAUAAAAACGUGAUUAUUGUCAUUUGUUAAGUUUUUAUUUAUUUUUUUAUUUGAUGAUUGUUUCGUUGUAUUUUUCAUUUAUGUAUUUUCUUCGAUCAAAAUUAUCAUUAGUCAUCAUUGAGAAUGUCUUAUAUUGAUAUUUUAGUAGAUAUUGUCCACCACCAUCACCAUCAUUAUCAUCAUCAUCAUCAUCAAUUGCAUGAAACAUCGAUACUUUUGUUUGCAUGGACAUUUUCAUAAUUUAUAUAUAGUGAAUCAAUUUUCAUCAUCAUUCGUGUCAUUGGUUCCAUUGUGUUUUUUUUUCUGAUAUUUUUCUGAACCAAAAACAAGACUUCUUUUUUUUGUCAAUCGUUUUAUUCCUGUUUUAUUUUUUUUUCUUCGUCUUCUGGUUGAUUGUUCGAUUUUUUUUCCUUUUUGAAUUAUUUGACAACAACAAUGAAAAACACUGUCAGCCAAAUGUCUCAAUCUCCACUUUAUCAUCGAAUUACGCAAAAAAUUUUGGUCAUUGGACCAUCAGGUUGUGGUAAAACCAGUUUGAUUGAAUCAAUUUUAAGCUGCACAAAUUGUCCAUAUCAAUAUCAUCGACAACAAUCAUUAGAAAAUAAUUGUGAAAAUAAUGAAAUCACCGCCACCAACAAAAACAACAACACCAACACCACCGUCAAUAACAAUAUUAUUAAACAAUGUUGCUAUUCACAAACAGUACAAUUUCGUGAAAUUGAAAUUCAAUUAAAAGUAUUCGAACGUACUUGUAAUGGCCAAUUGGAUCGAUCAACAAUACAACCAUAUUAUCAUAGUUUGGAUGCUAUAAUCGGUGUUUAUGAUUGGACAAAUUAUCAACAAUCAUUUCAUCAGAUGCGUGAUGCAUUAGAUUCAAUAUUGGCACUUUAUAAUAAUGAUGAUGAUCAACAACAACGGCCAACAGUAUUCGUUUUGGGCAAUGUACGUGAUCAUCGUCGUUGUCGUCAAUGUGGUCCUUGUCGUGAGGUCAAAGAAUAUGUUGAACAAAUCGGUGCAAUACAAUUAUUUAAUUAUUGUUAUUCAUCACGACAUAUCAAAGCAUUUCAUCAUGUAUUCAUGUUGAAUAUUUAUCGUCAACAUUUUUGUCAACAAUUAACCGAAACAUUUGAGAAAGCAAUUAAUAAUUGUCGUAAACAUGUAUAUCAUCAGAUGGAUUCAUCAUAUCAAUCAUCCACAUUAUCAUCAUUAUCGAAUCUUAAAAAUCUAUUUAAACGAAUUAAAAUUCCUAAUUACCACCACCACCAUCAUCACCACCACCACAACCAUCAUCAUCAUAAUCAUCAUCAUCACAGUGCAUUACAGGCAUAAGCCGUGUAAACAUUUUUUUUUUAUUUUUUCAUAUUUUUAAAACUAUUAUCCCUGUAUUUUCUUUCUUCUUUUUUUUGUCAACAAAUAUCUAUCAUAUCAUCUAACGGUAAUUUUCUUUAGCAAAACAUAAUCUAUUAAUUUUAUUUUAUAUCCUCAACACAUACAUAUACCACCAUUGUAUUUUCUUUCAAUCAUUUUCCCAUUCCAUUUAAUUUAAUAAAUAAAUUAUUUAUUCUGAAA